ACGAGAAUCGACAUUAUCAGGGUACAGUUUUACGAGAUACCAAUUUGGAAUGUUUUGACAGUGCGAUUCUAAUCGCCAAGUGUUGUAUAAAUAACUACAAAAUGGCUUCACAUUAUUUCUAAUCAAGCGAAAUAGACAGAACAUGGAUAAGUAUGUUCAGAUAUUGUUACUGCUGUAUUGUGGGCUGAUGGCUUCAGCAAGUCAAGGCGAGGUCGUACUUACUAAUUCGACAAUCGAAGUACGGGUUGAUAGUAGCCUUAUACUGGUCUGCAAUGGCAGCACUUCUGAUAGAUUUGACGAAUCUUCAACAUGGAUUUGGAGAAUACGACAGUACAAUGAAUCAUAUAUUUUACCGAAGGCCAAAGAUCGGAAUUUUAUCUUCAAAAAUGUACAAUUCAAUGAUACGGGAAGAUACGAAUGCUCGAACACUGGACAAAGUUAUGCUAGUUGGAUUAAUGUGUUGGUCGGAGAACCCCCUGAUAGACCUCAAGAUCUAUACUGCAUAACCCACUAUUCGUUUUCUUACACGAAAUGUUGUUGGGAUAUUGGACGAUCCACCCGGAUCACAACGAAUUAUACGUUGAAAUAUGUAGCUGAGCAAGGUGUACUGGAUAUUCAUACCCGGAAAUGGAAUACGACGAAGACAAAUGGUAGCUGUUCAUCAAUACAAUCAGGGCAAAUGGCGAAGAAAAUCAGUUCAAAAUGUUGCGAUCUUCCAAUCGAAGGAAAUCCAAAUAAUCGUGAUGAAAUUGUACAAUUUAGCAUUCAAUUGAUAUCAGAAAAUUCUCUUGGAACUGCAAAAUAUAAAAAUUCAGAACUAGAGAAUCCUUUAUCAUGGGUGAAGCCAUCAACACCGACCAAUAUUACAUUGCAAAUAAGGAAGAGAGCCAAUAUCUAUUUAAUAAAUGCCAACUGGAAUCCUCCUAACAUGACUUCAACUGAGUUUGAAUAUAGUUUACGAUACAAAAUUUCUCGAGAUGAAACGACGGCUUGGCAUAUCAUCGAAAGAAUACCCAAACAGAAAUACACCUUCCAAAUACGUCGGUCACAUUCAUUGGUUCAAGUUCAAGUUUCUGCUAAACCUGUUGGAUUGAUUGUCGGACCUUCCAGUGAAUGGAGUAAUUCCGCGUUCAUCAGCACUGGCGAUAUUCCACCGAUGUCAACACUACGAUUCAAUGAGAUUACGACUGAUAUUUCGUCCGAUACUGGAACCACAAUAGCAGUUGAAUGGGCUAAAUAUGCACGACAGGAUGAACCUGGAUUUUAUUAUAGAAUAAUUUACACGUAUUGUAACCAAAGUGUGUUUGCUUCGUAUAACUUCACUGCUUCUCAAACAACGCAUAUUCAGUCGGUUAACAUAAGUGACUGCAUAUCUAUAUCUGGAACUAAUUGCAACAACGUAGGAUGUUCAGAAACGACAAACGCACAAGUAUUUCCAUCAGAAGUUCCAGAAUACAAUUUUAGUGUGGAGUUGAAUGUUUUGGAAGACGAUUUUAUCCUAAAUUGGAACUACAUGAAAAAUUCUUACGAAAACUGCCGUAUCAACAUAUUUGAAACCAGCAGAUUACAAGUAAACGAAACAUCAUUUGCCGUACGAAAAAUUAUAGCAUCAGAAAAUGUGUUAUGUUCCAAAGAAAACAUUCAAAUAUCGAAAUCUUCAUCUAUGUGUAAGGAAUAUGUCGGCGUCGUGAGCGCGAUAAAAAGACACAAUGAUGUAACGUACGCACGGACUGUUACAUCCUCUCCGGAAACUACAAGGAUAGGCAAUUUAUCAAACAUCAAAAACUUGGAAGUCAAUUUUACUUCUUAUCCCGCUCAACUACAAGCUAGUUGGUCGCUGCGUGAAACUCUAAAUUGCACAUCGUAUUUACAACCAAGAAUUAGUUACACAGCAGUUGAUGGUGCUGAAUGUCAGGGGUUUGGACGAGGUUGCAAACGCGAAUACUUUUCUGAGGCCCUCGGUUGCAACGCCAUCACUACAAACAUCACAGACAAUAUUUAUGGCGACACCGUCUAUGAAGCUAAAAUGGGGAUGUGCUGUCCCUCUGACACUUCCCAUCACACACAGAAGCAAAUAUGUCAUUUCCACAAAAACGAGGAAGCUGUAGUAUUCAGAACCCAUAUAUCAGCUCCAGGUUCACCCAUAAACUUUCAAUGGGACAAAAAGGAAAAAUAUGAUGUUUUAUCCUGGUCGAUGCCAUUACAUCCCAAUGGGCCGAUCUCCGGAUAUCAUAUAUCCGUAUAUUCCGUCAACGAUUCUGUAAUAAUUCGCAACAUCAGCACUGAUAACAGUAACGUUACACAUUCUGAUAUUUGUGAGGACGAUAUUGACACUAAAAAUGUUAUCAUAACUGCCUUUACUAUGAAUGAAGCUGAUGACGUUGUUCUAUAUGGUGAAUCGAUGACGUUGAUGCCCGUUGAAUGUGACAUAGGUCAGCUAAUACAUAGAGAUUCCGUCCCUGUUAUCAUUGGAUCUACAGUUGGAAUUCUUCUUGUUAUAAUCAGUGCUCUGGUAGUUUAUUAUCACAAAAAACACAUAAAAAAUAUUAUUACCAGAACUAUAUGGCCAUCUGUUCCUCGACCCAACGUUAUAGUAACGUUUCAAAGAAUAAAUACAUCGAACGAACAUGUAAUAAAUUUUACUUUUGAUGAAGCGCAAAGUAAUCAGGACAUAAGGGAAGAAAACUUUGAUGAAAUUAGAGCUCCUCUGUUACCUGAAAGAGAAAUAAAUCACCAGACUCGACAACCGUCUACGCCAGAUCAAAACAAUUCUCCUGCAAGGGAAGAAAAUCCAGCAGGGAUAGCAGAUUCAUCUCACAUACACACGGAAGGUCGAGCGCGGCAAGAAACCGCAAAACAAUGCCAAUAUAAUAGGAAUCCUGAUCAAUGCGAAGUUCCAAAUUUAUCAGCAACAUUCCAACAAAGUCUGGAAAAUCGAGAACAGACGAUUUUGUCUCCUAAAGCAAGUGCCGGGUAUCCACAUUCUUACAUUAAGACAACUGAAGACUUUCAGAACCAAACGGAAUUACAGUUUUACAAUAGUUCAUUAUGUGGUGGUAUGAGUCGAUCCAUUAGACAUGGUUCUACACCUUCAAUCCCGUCGUAUUUAUCAUGCUCAACUAACUACCCGUUCAGCAUAUCUACAGCUAGAAAUAAUUCGGAUGUUGGAUCAGUGUACGCAAGAUUACCGGACAUGUAUCAGUGGACUCUUCCGGACUACACAGCUUUCAGUGUACGUAGUACCUAUAGUGACUAUUCAUGGACAAAGCUUCCACAGACUAGCACACCUUUUGAUUUAAGAACUGGAUGUCGAAUUUUCUUUGACGAUGUUUCCCCCGAAAAGAAAGAAAGCAACAUCCAAGAAGUUUUCCAAGCUGCUAGCUAUUCGGGGUUCAGCCAGAAAUAAUAUUAUUAUUUUACCGUAACGCCAACAAAUAUACUGUUUUUCAUCAAAUAUUAACAUGUGUUUCAAAUAAUGAUUAUGUCCUUAUUUAUAAUUCGUUCAAAAACAAUAUUGUGCGCUUGACGCUUGUCCACGUCUUGAACGCUAUCCAUGCCAAGCAGAACUUUUCUACAAAAUCUUCCUGCGAGAGGCGUUUGGUGCAUAUAUAUAGGUAAUUUAAAGAGAUAUUUUGCAUUGAGCGGAGCAGGUAGAAUCUGCAGAUGAUAGCGCCAUUAUUUAAAAGAACAAAAUCCAAUCAUACCACAGUGAAUGCAUAUAAUUGACAAUUGAAGAAACGCAGCAUAUUUAGUAAAUAAAGAAAAAUCAAGAUCUAUCAUAGGUAUUAAACAUUAAUUAGUUGAGUGUCAGGGGUCAUAAAAUUAUUAUUACAGAGGAUUAUGAAAUACUUGAUUCAUUGUUACACAAUACAAAAAAGGAUAUACUCGACAAUCUAAACUAAAUAACUAAUAAUCGACAUUUCAAGUGAGAUGAUGAUAACCAUAGAUGUUGUCCAACUAGAAUCAAACUGAUGUGUAUUUUCCAAUUCAAGAUUAUUACAAAGGUUGAAGGUUAAAAGAAGGAGCGUAUUCCGCUCAUUCCAAAUGCUUCGAGAUUUUCAGUAAAAAUUAUCUUCUACUCACUUCUUUUGAUCAGAUUAUGAUUUUAAAUUGAUUUCCAUCAACAAAAAUGUUAUUCAACAUAAACUAAACAGUGAAAAGAUUGAAGACAACAAUCUUUAAUUUCAUUAGGUUCAAACAGUGGUUCAGCUAAGUCAAAAACAGUGUCAACAUAUAAACAUUAAAAAAUAUCUCUCAUAUAAAAAUAUAUAUCAGGGACUGGUUACAUGAAUAUGAAUGAAAAGAUUAUAGUGAUUAACAUCACAAUCAACUGUUGCAAGGCUAAUUAUGGAAAAAAAAUUCACACAAACAGACAUGAAUAUAUGAGUAGUUGAAAGUCAAAUCACUAUUGUGAUUUUGAAUCCGGUUCUAAUGAGCUGGAGCCAAGUUUACGAUAAUAGAUGAGAGCUACCAGAAAUUUCAGUGGCUUCCAUCUCUUAACCGCUUAACAUUUUUAUCGCAUGUAUUAUUUUUUAAUACUUAUCUAUCGCCUUUCAAUUUAUAAUUUUUUUAAUAUUUAAUUUCUAAUAUUAGUUUAUAAAUUUCAAGUUGAAUUUGUAUAAUAAAUUUUAAUUUAAAAAAAAUUAUAUCAUGGUUUUGAGUUCUGCUACCACGAAACUGCAUUUGGACUGAUGUUUCGUGGUGGUGGCCAUACCAAGUCACAGUUUGAAGAAGCCAUUGUGAACCGACUCCCCAAUCCUGCAGAUUAAAAUACUUUUUACAGCAAAUUAUCCCCACUGA